ACAAAUUAUCUCUUUGAAUAUCUACUACUGUGAUAUUAUCUUUUUGCCUGUAUCUAACUCGACAAUUUAAAUUAGGAUUAACUCUACUAUUCAGAUUGUGGAACACAAAGAAGCUUUACGUACAUCUAAUGCCUUGGAAAUUUUGAGCAAGUAUCCUUGAUAAAAUUAAUUUGAUAUGCUAUGAUUUCCUCUUCAUGUUAUAGUAUAUUUGGUAUUUUUGGGUCAAUAAAGCUGGAAUAUGUUGAUUUCCAUGACUGCGAUGCUUCCUAGAUAUGACAUAGUAAUAGAUGCAACAGACAAUGCUCCUAGCCUUUAUCUAAUCAGUGAUUGUUGUGUGGUAUUGGGUAAGCCUCUUGUAUCAGGUGCUACUAUAGGAUUGGAAGGGCAGCUUACAGUUUACAAUUACAAUGGAGGUCCAUGUUAUCGGUGCCUAUUUCCAACUCCACCUCCUACGACAGCAUGUCAAAGAUGCUCUGAUAGUGGUGUUCUGGGAAUCGGGUGCAUUCACAAGGCUCCAUUUAUCAUCUUUCAAACCAGAGAAAAUUGA